AUGCCAGAAGUAAAAAUCAACACCGCUUAUCCGGUUAUUGACACAGACCCGCACUUUCUACGUGUGGUACGUUAUUUUCGAUCUUCGGACUAUGCUGUGUGGACCGCGUGUACAGUAGGAGGUCCUGCCUUCAUGUUAGCUUUUGAGAAAGUGUCGCCUACAUAUCAGCGCUUGGGAGUCCCGCUUAAAAUCGCGACUUUACUUGGUGCAAUGGGUGGCUUUUUGCUUGCGUACCAACGAAGUAGCUUGAGAUUUUGGGGCUGGACAGAAAACGAACGAGAAUACGAUCUUGAUAUGAAAGAAAUGAAGCAGCGUCUGAAAGAAGGUAAAUCUCUAUAUGGCGAAUCCGAUUUGGACCUAUUUAAUCAAGCGUCUGCAGCCAGGCAGUCUCGAUACGCUGCCUUGAAAUUUUCUUGGCUUCCGUGGUUCAAUUUUGUUAAUCAUCCUUUUCACGGGGUUGACCCGAAAAAAUAUGAAGACGAGGAAUGA